GAUAUCCGCUGUAACAACAAGCGCUCUGUUCCCCCUGCCGCCCUGACGCCAUUUACGCAGCCCAAAUCCCGACCUCCCUCUCCGGAAAGCGAAAAAAAAAACACACACGCGAACGCACACACACGAGAAAAGUACUUGCAACUUCUGUGCGUAGCGCGGAUAAACCUUAUGAAAUCUUUCUACGCGAUCUUUUUAAGCAACUUUUACAACUUCUCGGACGCGCAAACUGGCCUGAGACGUGCGCGUAAUCGUUGAUAGUAGCUUAGGUUUUCGCCUCGUGCUCUUCUUCUCACGCAAAGGAUUAAACGUUGCAGUCUUUGGAUGAAAACUUCACCACGUAACUUUUUGCUAAAUGGAUUUUAACAGACGGCUUUCCUGAGUGACUUCCCACGCGGUGCAGGAGGAAAAACGUGUUGACCAAAGUGGAUUAUUUUCACGUGAAACGGAGGACAAAGUGUCGAAAAAUACGGACUUCAGAUGUGUCCCAUGCCAGCCACAGAGGCCUUUCACUCCCAACAUGGAUCCCAGCAGAGUGAGCCAGAGCGACGGGGGAGGAGGCCCCUCUCCAGGCCCCUCUCCAGGCCUCUCUCCAGACCUCUCUCCAGGGCAGUCAUCUGUGAGCGAUGCUGGUGACCCAGGCACAGCCCACCCUUUCCCCCCCGACCCCCGGGAGCAGCCGGUUCUGUCUCUGGACCAGAUCAGAGUCACACGCAGCAGUAAUGAGUACACUGAUGGACCGACUGCACCAGCGCCCAGGCCAACGGAGAGCCCAGAGGAGAGACAUCAUAACCUGCGGAACCUGCAGUCGUCUCACUCGUCCGGCUUGGAGGAGCCCCACAGCCCCAGGAGCAGUGGGAGCAGUCCCUCCUCUGGACAGAGGCUGCUGGGACAGUCUGGAUCAGAGAUCAUCCGCGUGCAGCCCAAACGGGAGCAGAGCCCAGAGGAGCUGAAGCCUCUGACAGACACCAGGACAGUGCAGGCUGUGCCAGGCAGCGGCACGCACAGACCUCUGCACAAACCCUGGGACCGCUGUGAGGAGUGCUGCCGCUGCCGUUGUCCCGAAUGCGUUCGCCCGCGGGUGCUGCCGUCGUGCUGGAUGUGUGGGCACAGGUGUGUGUGCUCGGCUCACAAUGUGGUGGAGUAUGGGACGUGUGUGUGCUGUGUGAAAGGGCUGUUUUAUCACUGCUCCAGUGACGAUGAGGAUACAUGUGCGGACAAACCCUUCUCGUGCUCCCAGCCUCACUGCUGUGUGCGCUGGAGCGCUGUGUCCCUGCUGGCUCUGUUCUUCCCCUGUCUGCUGUGUUACCUGCCAGCCCGCACCUGCCUCAACGCCUGUCAGAGCUGCUACGACAGGGCCACCCGCCCAGGCUGCCGCUGCAAAGACUCUCACCUCCGUGCACGGGACAUACCCACGUAGACUUAGAUCUAGACCUAAGCUAAUCUGUUUUCACCUGAACACCUCACACAGGGCUGACACCGCAGUGGUGCCUUCACUGACCAGAGCAGCACUGGUGAAAUAAGCGCUCCAUGUUCUACUGUUUUAUUCUGAAAUGCUUUGUUAACCCAGCUCCAUACGUGUGUGUGUGAGAGCGUCCCAUGUGUUUUAAUCUAUAACAGGGGCUGUUACUAACUGUUAGUACAUGCAGAGGCUGUGCACAUUAGAGUCUGACAGAGGUUUUAUUUUUAUACAUGGAAUACAUAUAAUACUUCAACUGUGAACCUUUCUGCCACACAGAGGCAUCUUGAGAGAUCCAUGUCUAUUUGAAUCAGUAAAGUUUGACCAUGUUUUACAUUCACUGGAAUGUACCAAUCAUUAUAUAAGUUACAAAUGAACAGCCCUUUGACUUGUAAAUUGUACAGCGACCUUUUAUGAAAUUUUAUUUUCUAAUUCCAACAUUGCUUAGUGUAAAGUAAAAAGUCUAUAUUUAUUUGAAGGUUUAUUAUUUUAUAAUGAAGAUAUUUAUUUUGAAAAGCCUUGUUUCUGUAGUGGCUGCAGAUGGAGAUUUAGAGGACCAAUAUAUUAACGUUUGAAAUUAAACCCUAAAGUCUGA